AUGGACGAAUCUCGUGAGAGGUCGCCGUUGAAUUUGCCGGAUCUCGAAUCCAAUCAGCUCCCAACCACCGCCACGUCAUCAUCGGCAAGAAUCCUGUCUACUGGUGCCGCCGCUGUCGGUACUGCCACGUCAGACGUCUCCUCCCCCUCUGCAGCCACGUCAUCCUCUCCGUCAUGCUCGGAGCCUGCCACGUUGUUGCAGUACGAACAGCAGCUGCUGACGUGGCUGCAACGGUUUUCGGACGAGCUCGCGAAUCGCAUCACCACGAUCGACGGAAGGAUCGACGGGUUGCUGAGCGACGCGACUCGGGUGGACUCAAAGCUUCGUGUGGCCGAGGCGAAGCUGCAGUGCGCUCCCGUGAUUCGCGGCGCCGUUCACUCGCGCGCGAGUCACACGCAAGGCGAGCUUAGCGGGAGGGCGGGGAUGUCUACAGCUGGGAUAUCAAUUGCUCAGAAGAAGCAGAACGAGAAUCAGAAAGAGAAGCAAAAGGAGGAGCAGAAAGAGAAGCAGAAGGAGAAGCAAAAGGAGGAGCAGAAAGAGAAGCAGAAGGAGAAGCAAAAGGAUAGACAGAAGGGAGGGAAGAGAGGAGGGGGUUUAAGCUUCGAGGAGCGUGUUCAGGUGAAUUAUCAGGUGGCCCUGCAGCUAGGGUUUCAGGCUCUGGAAGGGAUACGAGAGGAGGGGGAGAGGGAGGAGCAGAGAAAGCAGCUUGGUAGGGGACGGGCGGCUGGUGGCUCUUCAGCUUCUGCUGCUGCAGUUGCAGCAAGAGGUGUGACAGCAGGAGAGGCAGCAGGAGCAGCAGCAGGAGUAGCAGCGGGAGUGGCGGCAGCGGGAAUAGCAGCGGCAGCAGGGGCAGGAGAUGGCUUUAGCGCUCGACAACAGCAGCAGCUGGGGCAGCAGCAAGAGGCGGGGCAGGAACAGCAGCAGCAGCAGGAGGGGCAGGUGACUGUAGUUCCAGAGGACACGUGGAGUGACAGUGACGAGGGUGAUGAUCACGAAAGCAUUGACAGUGACAGAAGCGGUGGCAGCAGUGACAGUAUCGAGGGGGACACUGGCAGCAUGGAGUCUGGAUUCGCGAGCAGUGAAGGGGGGAGGGCGGCUGGCUCUCAAGCCAGCUCUCUCAGAAAGGCCCGAGGGAUGGACACUUGUCGUGGGUUUUAUCAGGCAGCAGAUGCGAGUCAGAGCUAUUACAGCCCACAGCUGACAUCUGCAGCUGCUGCAGCUGCUGCUGCUGCUGCUGGGGCUGCUGCUGCUGGUGGUGGGGCUGCUUUUGGUGGGGCGGCUGUGGGUGCUGCGUCUCCUCUCUUUCCGCCCUACAGCAGUCAAGCAGCAGUGGUUUCUCCCUUCCCUGACCGGCCAGACUCUCUCGCUGCCCUCGCCUCGCUCUACGAUUUCACCACAGCCAUCCCCACCCCCUCCUCGCCCCCUCCCUACUCUGAGCCUGGGGAUUUACCUGCUGGGCUUGCCAGGCAGCAUCCCGCACCUGCUGAAACACCUGAAGCGUCUGCCUCUGUUGCUGGGCACCUGGCUGGUGAUCAGCUCGUGCUGCCAGGUGUCUGGUCAGGUGAAUUCCCAGGUGGAUCAGGGACUUUCCCAGGUGCUGUUCCUGUCCUGCCCGGGACCUCCCCCUCUCCUCCUCCCUUCCCUUCCCCCUCGCUCUCUCUCAUGGAGCCAUCAGGAUGGGCUGUUGACAACUUCAGAUCCCUGCUGGAGCAAGCACUGAAAGCACCAGGUGGUGACAGCAUUUGA